UUUCGAUCUCUUCAUUUUUUUUAAAUCUUUCUGGAUUUAGUCGUAGCCUUAAAUAAAAGACUUAUUUAUCUGAGAUUUGAUCUGACCAAUUCUUUCAUUUACUUUUUUCUUCUCGAUUCAUUUAUGACAAAAAAACAUCAUUUGCUCCUUUUUUUCAUUGUUUGUUUCUCUGUUUCUGAAUUAAUGCUGAAGUGUUGUGAUCUCUUUAUUCACUCUAGGGUUUUGUGUGUGUGUGUGUGAGCUUGGUUUCAUCUUGAACAGUGAAAUCUUAAGUCUUUCUAUUAGAUCGUUGACUUUUCGAUUUGAGUUCUAAUAAAUUGGAUCACCCUUCAGGUUUAUUUGACCAAUUGUAAUUAAAUGUUCAAAUCCAUUUACCAGCUCUGAGAUGGCACAGCAGGAAGCUAGCCCUUCUCCUGGUGCUGAGGUUGUUGGCCGUGCCUUUGUGGAGCAAUACUAUCACAUUCUCCACCAGUCUCCCGGUUUAGUUCAUCGGUUUUAUCAGGAUUCCAGCUUGUUAACCAGACCUGAUGCUACCGGUGCUGUGACUACUGUCACAACUAUGCAAGCGAUCAACGAUAAGAUCAUGUCAUUGAAAUAUGAAAACUACACGGCGGAGAUAGAAACUGCGGAUGCUCAGGAGUCUCAUGAGAGAGGCGUCAUCGUGCUGGUGACCGGACGCUUAACCGGGAACGAUAACGUGAGGAAGAAGUUCAGCCAAACUUUCUUCUUGGCUCCACAAGACAAGGGCUACUUUGUUUUAAACGAUGUGUUUCGAUUCCUCGAGGAAAAAGAGGUGACACCACCACCACAAGCCAUCAAUGGAACCACCACCAGAGAUGUUCAGGCUCCUGUUGAACCAGAACGUGUUGUUGUUAGUCACGAGGCUGAGGUAGAGCCAGAGCCAGUUGCUUCCAUCGAGGAGGAAGAUCUUGACAAUGUGGCGGAGGUGUAUGAUCCUUCUGAUAAAGAUGAAGGAGUUGUUGUUGACGCUGAGCCUAUCGAACCUCCUCCAGCUCAAAUAAGUCACAAUGAAGUUCUACCAGUGCCUCAAGGAGAUGCUCCUAAGCAUUCCUAUGCUUCAAUCCUGAAACUGAUGAAAAGCGGUCCAGCACCAACACAAGCUGCUCGGAACAAGCCAAGAGCAGCAGCAGCAGCUCCUGUCAGUACCAAACCCAAGCCAACUGCUCCUCCUGCUGAGCCUGCAGCAGCAGCAGCGCCCGAGAAUGUUGCAAACAGUAGCAAUGUUGAUGUGGAAGAUGAUGGUCAUUCGAUAUAUGUUCGAAACUUACCUUUCGACACUACACCAACACAACUUGAAGAGGUGUUCAAGAGCUUUGGUGCUAUCAAGCACGAGGGGAUUCAAGUCAGAAGCAAUAAGCAGCAAGGUUUCUGUUUUGGUUUUGUGGAGUUCGAAACCUCUAGCGGGAAGCAGAGUGCUCUCGAGGCCUCACCGGUUACAAUUGGUGAUCGUCAAGCUGUUUUAGAGGAGAAGAAAACUAACAGUCGAGGAGGAGGCAACAAUGGAGGUGGAAGGGGUAGGUACUUUGGGGGAAGAGGAAGCUUCAGAAACGAGAGUUUCAAAGGGGGACGUGGUGGUGGAGGAGGAAGAGGAGGCUAUGGAAGAGGUGAAUAUUCCAGUAGGCCAAGGAGUUCAAACACUCGGAACAGUGGAGAAGGUUACCAAAGGGUUCCUCAAAACGGAGGGAGUGGUAGAGGAGGCGGAGGAGGAGGACGUGGUGGUCCUCGCGGUGGUGCUUCUUCUUAACUUCUUUGCAUCUCUAACGGCUCCUCCAUAAGGGAGAAUAGUUUUAAAUUUUUGUUUUGCAUCCUUUCUCUAUUCUUUUUUUUGUCUGCCUUUUCUACUUGAGUUUUAUGUGGCAAAGUCGUAUUGGUUUUCAGUUUUCUUGGUCGGUUUUUCAUCCUUCUUCUUUGGAACCUUUCUUCAGAAACAUUCAAUUUCAUAAAAGUCGAUUAUUAAAGUUGUCUUCUUAA